AUGGCGCCUCUUCUCCGCCCUCUCGUGCUUGCGCUCCUGAUCGCCUCCUGCGCGGCGCAGCAGCCCCCGCCGACGCCGAACGCGCCACCGUCCAACUCCCCACCUCAGGCGCCUCCAGCCGGCAACCCGCCGCCGGCGCCCCAGGCUCCUCCGGCAGGCAACCCGCCUCCCGCGCCCACCGCCACUCCUCCCCCGGCUCCGACGACCACGCCGCCCCCGGCACCACCGACCACUCCUCCUCCGGCUCCCACGACGCCGCCCCCGGCCCCGCCGACCACUCCUCCUCCAGCGCCCACCACGCCGCCUCCGUCGCCGCCGGCCUCGCCCCCUCCUGCUCCCACCACUCCGCCGCCGUCUCCCCCGGCGAGCCCGCCACCCGCUCCCGCCACCCCGCCCCCGUCUCCGCCCCUGGCGCCGCCUCCCGCCACGCCCCCUCCCCCCGCCACCCCGCCGCCACCGGCCGCCGCGCCCACGCCGGCCCCGAGCGUCGCCCCGACGCUCCCGCCCGCCGCGUCUCCGAAGAGCCCCAAGGCGCCGAGCCCCGCCGCCGCGACGUCCCCGGCGCCCUCGCUCUCGCCCACGGGCACGCCGACGAGCGAAAACUCUGGUGCGAGCGCGCGCGCGGCCGGCUUCAUCACGCUGGUGGCGUUGGCGGGCGCGGGCCUCGCCGUCCUGCUUUGA